AACAAGACAUUUGCUGGUAUUGGCAAAUAGUCGAGGUUUUGCAAUGAUUCUGGGUUACCCUUUUCGGCCUUGUGAUCCUCAUAUCAUCUUCCUUGCUGUCUUGAUCCUGAUUUCUCAUGCUUUAUCCUCCCCAUUGGACUAUCCCGAAGAGCCCGAAACUUCAGAGGUAACUCCCCAGGAACCUCUGAGCAAGAUUGUAUUUGUCAAUGAUCUACCACCAGGGGAAACUGUGCAAUUUGAUUUUGCGAAAGGCGUUUCGGUCUAUGUAUCUUCUUCGCGAGAAUCUGAAGCCGAAAUUUAUGAAGAGAAAAUUCAAAUUCUGAGGCCAAAUUCCGAGGAAAGCUUUCAAAAAAUGACAGACGCCGGGAUGAAUGUAAAUAGUGAUACUGGAGAGAUAAAGCCAGUAUUUAAGCAAGAAUUUCAAAUUUCUAUUCGAAAUAAUAAUGCACAAAGAGCAAGUUUCAAGAAUCCAGGGAUCAUUUAUUUUCUGCAAGAGUCUGAUGAAAAACACGUGAGCACAGUCUACGAGUCAUCUGCUACAGAGAAGCGUAACAUUUUUGUUCAAUCCGACAAUAUUGACACUCGCUAUGUCACCGUGCUAAAUCCAUCAGGAGCCGUCAAAAUUUGGGACAUUCAUCAUAUUGAUGGGUUAACUGCUCUCACGGUGUCUGCCGGUGGUCUUCAGGAAGCGAAAAGCACAUCGUUCACUAUUCAUGAUAUUGGUAAAGGUGCAGCUCACACUGGAGCACCACUGUAUUUUGCUGAGCCAGUUCUCACAUUCCAUAAGCAAUUGUCCAUCUUUGCCGGGUCUUCAUUUGAAGUUACAGUCAAAGGUGUCGAUGUCCCAACAAAAGCCCUGAUACCUAUGACAUGGUCUGACUGGUCGCUAGCAAUGUCUCCAAACUACAUGCUACGUACGGAGUCAAAAUCAUUCAAGUACAUUUUUAACGCGACAGCUGAAAACUCACAGUUUGAUUUAUGGCUGUUCGGAGAACUAGCCGAAGAUAGCUCACUACAAGUUUCAUAUGACGGGAUAGAAGGAGCCGGAAGUGAAAGUUUUCGGAAGAGGGAUCUGCAGAGCACGUACAAAAAUGUAAAGGGACAAACGGUUACAGUUGAGUAUCAUAGAGGAGAGCAUGAUGUGACGGAAGGAGUUCUGGUUCGAGUGGAGUGUUCUCAAUCAUCUUCCACAAUUAUUUUGCACAUUGCGUUUUUGGCAGUUUUCCUUCAACGGCUACUCUAAAUUUGAAAUUUUUCCACAAAUUUUCAAAUUUCCCUCAUUCUCUUUUAGUUUCAAUAAACCUUCUACCUUAUU